CCGUCAACAGAGGGAGGAGUCAGCAGGCUGAGGAUGCUGUCAGGUUGCCGUGGUUUCAGCCUCCUGUUUCUCGUGCCGACCGUUGUGUGAGCCAUGAGGAUUUAUGACAGGACGGAGGGAAGGAGGGGAGGAGGCUGUGACAGCAGGGGGUGAUGAAGGGUGGAUGAUCGCUGCUGCAGAAAAACAUCAGAGUCAUCCUUUCCUCUGAGUUCCGACCGUCGUUAAGCUCCAUCACUCCAUCUGUGAGCAGAGGGAGGGCUGAAGGACUGAAGGAAGGGCUGGAGGAAGGAUGGAGGGAGUGUGAGUCCUCGCCGGUCCUCAGAUCUGUGGGGAGUCAUGACCUCUCAGGAAGAGGCGUCUUCCUUUAGAAGGUUCUUCCAAUAUGUUGAGGACAGCGGGCUUCGAGCAUACGAUGGACUGGUGAUCCAAAACGCUUCCGACAUCGCCAGAGAGAGCGACCGCUUAAGGAACUACACCAAUUGGACUUACCUGCAAGAGAAACACCACAAGAAGAGACGUCAAGAAGAGGCCAUUAGAAGGAUCGGUGAAGAUGUCGCCAUGGCUUCAGAUGGAGCAUACUCUGGAAAACAUUUCAGGAUGGGCUUCAUGACAAUGCCGGCACCACAGGACCGACAGCCCACGCCCACCCAGGGCUUCACUGUCCGAUCCCAGUCUCUUCAUUCAGUGGGUGGAGGGGAGGAAGACUCCAACCAUAGUCGCAAGCAACCUCCACCCAAACCCAAGCGAGAUCCUACCACCAAACUGAGCAGCAGCUCUGAGGCGGUGGAUGGAGUCUCUGGUUUCAUAAAGAGAGAGUAUCAAGAAACAAAAGAUGGUGCAGAACUGUCAGAAGCUCGAUACCAUCACCACACUGAAGAAUCCAAAAAGAUGCCUCCGCCCAAACCCAAGAGAGACCCAAACACUCAGCUGAGCUCCUCUUUUGAUGAGUCCUACAUCCGUAACCAUUGCAGCAAGAAGUCUUCCCUUCAAGGUGACAAAUCCUCGUCUCAGAGUCAGAGUCCAGCAUCUAGAGACACUGAUGAUGAAGAGCCAGUUUAUAUUGAGAUGGUUGGAAACAUCCUGCAUGAGCUGAAAGGGCAGGAAGCUGUGGACAAUGAGCAGAGCGAGUCUGUGUAUGAGGAGAUGAAGUACCCAAUGCUGGAGGACAUUCUGCAGGAUGUACAGUCCACAAUCAUCGAGAGUGAGGCGUGGUCCUCCCGGGGCACAUUUUGUGACAUUCCUCCGCCCUUCCCUAACCUCCUGACUCACCGUCCACCACUUCUGGUCUUCCCACCUGCCCCGGCUAAAUGCUCCCCCAACUCUGACGAGUCUCCGCUCACUCCCCUCGACGUAACUCGUCUGCCUAUGCUAGAAAACGUUACCUUGAGCAAAUCAGAGCAGUCACAGGGCUCCACUCACCACCGCAAAGACCGGGACCAGGAUCGGGACCGGGACCUGUCCCACACUCACACAGUCACAUCCUCUGGUCGCUCAUCAGCCCCUCCUCUACCCUCCAGUUUAUACAAGUCAUCUAGCUCCACCCACAGUGGUCAUGGUUACCCCCGCAGCCAAUCAGCAUGUCCGUCUCCGAUCAGCAUGGGGCGCUCUUUGACUCCUCUGAGUUUGAAGAGGCCACCCCCUUAUGACACCCUGAUAGCUGUAGAAAGUAUACCCCGCUCUUCCUCCUCUUCAUCAUCAUCCUCUCAGAGGGUGGCAGAGGGUGGAGCUAAACUCAGUAACUCCUCCUCCGCCCACGGAUCCAUGCACAACGUCUCGGUGAGGUCACAGACCCCGACGAGCCCAUUGGACGAACUCAACAACCUGUUUGCAUCAGGGAGGCAAGCUAAGAAGAGAGGCUCAGGGGGGAGGAAGAGCAGAGAGGGUGAAGGAGACUCCAAGUCUCUGCCGAGACACGACAGUAAAGACAGAGAUGGACAAUCAAGUCCAGUUUCCAGCAGGAUGGGGAGGUCGUCUGUGAGCCCCACCAUGAUGCUGUCAGGAGGAGGAGGAGGAGGAGAGUCAAAGACUGUGGGUAAACUGGGCCGAUCUGCAUCAACAUCUGGGGUUCCGUCUCCUGGCGGAACGCCACAGCGCCACCUCCAUGAGUCCCACCAUCCCGCCCUCAGCCGGAUGCCGUGGCUCUGCGGCGACCCCACUAUGAUGGAGAUGAUCGAGAAAAAGAGAGUGUUGUGUAGAGAGAUCAAAGCUCGUCAGCAGCUGGAGAAAAACCUCUGCAAACAGGACAGCAUGCCCAACCUGCCAAGCUGGAGGAGGAAGCAACCGCCGCCGUACUCGGCCCCACCCAGCGCUGCUGGACACACCACCACUGUGUUCUGGGACACCGCCAUUUGAGACCAAUAGACACCAAUAGGGACAUCCAGAACAAUGUUUUCCAGUGACUCAGAGAGAAAUCAGGAUGAUGAUGAUAAUUAUGAUGAUGAUAAUUAUGAUAAUGAUGCUGCUGCUGAUGAUGAUGACAAUAAGGAUCAUAGAAGUGUUGGUGAAGACGAUGAUGUAGUUGCCAUCAUCAACAUGGUGGUGGUGAUGAACAUGGUAGUUAAGAUGCUGGUCAUGAUGAUGAUGACAUUAAUGAUCAUAAUGAAGAUGAUGUUGAUAAGGAUGAAGAUGAUGAUGUAGUCACCGGCACCAUCAUGGUGGUGGUAUUGAUGAUGAUGGUGAAGAUAAGGAGGAUGAUAAGAUGAUGAUGUGAGAAUGAUGAUGACCAUAAUGAUAAUGCUAAAGAUGAGAAUGAUGCUAAUAAUGAUGAGGAUGAUAAUGAUGAGGCUAAAGGUGGGGAUGAUGGAGAUAAUGCUGCUGAUGAGAAUGUUGAUGGUGUCUCAUCAUCAGACCAUGGCAAUCUCUGACAGCUUUAAGGUGUUCUCCAACCAGAUGAUUUGUCAAACUUCCCAGUCGUUCCAUUUGCUUUAACACAUCCUUUAAUUCCGUUUGAAGUUUACGCCUAAAGACCGGUUCAAAUGGUUCUGAGUGUUUAGACACCCUUUAUCCAGGUAAAUCUUCUCACCUGACACACGAGGACAUCAUCCUGCUGUCCAAUCAAAGAGAAGGGGAUGGUUGUUCAGGUGUAGCAGACAUUUCUGUUGUCUUUCUAGUUCUAAAUUUUUUUACCUGUAAAAGAUUCAGAUGGUUUUUUUUUUUUUUACUCUGACAGUAGUGUAGCAGAAAAAAUAUGAACAUCUCUAUGUUUGAAAAGAAGAUCAAGCACAUCCCUGCGAUGUGUUUUUAUAUUUCUGAAAGAAAAGAUGGUGACGUCUGUGUGUGGAGUGUAGUUGAAACGUGAACAUCUUUUUAUAUUAAAAUAUUUUAAAGGGUGAA